UCUUUAGCAAAUAUAAUUAUAUAUGUUUAUUUAUUUAUUUAAUUGCAGUCUCAAAAUGAUCAUUAAUUCUAAAAUGUGCAAGUGCAACGUGAUAAUACAUGCAUGAGCUGAAAACAUAAAUUUACUGAAAUAAAAGAUUCAGAAAGAAAAGAAAAUUAUGUAGUUUUUCUGUCCAAGAUUAAGUAGUUGUUUCAAUCCUUCAAAAACAAUUUAAAAAAAAACAAAAAACAAAAAUUCAACGGUUGUAUUAGAAUAUGAUUAAUAAAUUCAUUGCCAGGUGAGAACUCAAGGUUGGUUAGAAGCAAAAUUUUGCCUUACUUAACAAAAGGAGAAAUAGUCUUGGAAGCCAUAUCAGUACAGAUAUGCCCAGACAAGCAUUCAUAUUAUAUGAACUCAUUAUUUUAUUAAGAAAUAUGAACUCAUUACUUUGUAGACAACAGUUACAGUUUAAUAAUGGGAGAACCAAAAGAAAAAAAAAAAAAAACCUAUCUGAAAGUCUAAAGAUUUCAUUCUUGAGUUUAAACUUGAUGAAUCCGUUCCAGUUCAUCACCUGUCUUAAUGAGCAACAAAAUGGUUUUAAUGAGCUAAUUAUUUUGAAUUCUCCGGAUAAUUGAAAGCAAAUUAAUUAAGGUAUAUUCUGCAAGACCCAUGAAAUAAAAGUAAACGUUGCUGAAUUUUCUUGGAUGAUGUACUGCUUUCAGUCUUCAUCACCGUAUACAGGGUCACAAAUUUCUUAAAUUUAUUUUCAUACAUUGACUUUAUCAGUAGCUCGUGUUUAAAUUAUAACGUUAGUUAUGGAUUCCCCUCCCAUAUUAAUGUUAAAAGUAACGUGUAGACUUGGAAAACCAAAUCAUACAUCUCUCUCCUUCAGGAUCGGAUAGAAAUCAAUAAUUUUUAUUCCUAUGGGUUCUGAAAUCAAGGUCAACGAAGCAGAAAUUCCGUCAGGCCGCAACACGGGCCAUAAUAUGAGCUACUGUAGUUCAAUUGAUGAUGAUGACCACGAUACAACAGAGAUUCCUGAUCUCGAUAGCAAAACAGAGGACAUGGCAUACAUGGAUGCUGAAUUGUACAAGGCUGCAGUAGAGGAAAACAUUAAUUCCUUGAAGAAGUAUGCAAAGGAUUUAGACCUUCAAGUAACCCCAAAAAAGAACACAAUUCUGCAUAUCCAUCUGAACUCUCCGAAUAAGAGAUCAGUCGAUUUCGUGAAAGAAGCACUUCAACUAUGUCCAAGUUUGUUGUGGAAAAAUAACAGCAAUGGCGAUGCCCCAUUACACAUUGCAGCAAGGUACGGACAUAUUGAUAUAGUGAAACUGCUACUUGAACAAGCCAAAGCACAAAAUGAAGAUUUAGAAACCGGCAGAGGAGCAAUGAAACAGAUGUUGCAGAUGCAAAAUGAGAAGAAAGACAUGGCUUUGCAUGAAGCAGCUCGAAAUAAUCACCUCAGCGUUGUGAGAUUAUUGACCCGCUUAGACCCUCAUUUUUUGUAUCCUGCUAAUGAUUAUGAAGAAACUCCACUUUACCUAGCUGCUGCAAGAGGGUACUUGUAUGUGGUCAUUGAAAUUUUGAAUACCUGUAAAUCAGUUGCUUAUGGCGGCCCCAAAGGCAAAACUGCUUUGCAUGGUGCUGUAUUGAGUGGCAAUCGAGGAAUUGUACUUGAAAUACUAAAAAGAGAAAAGAGAUUAACUAUUGAAGCGGAAGAAAAUGGAUGGACUCCACUGCAUUAUGCUGCGUACGGGAACGACCAGAAUUUUGGUGCUUACGUAAUUGUGCAGCGGCUAUUAGAAUGUGAUAAAUCUGCUGCCUACGUUGUCGACAAGGACAGGAAGAGAACAGCACUUCACUUGGCGGCCUGUCGAGGCAACGUGCGCAUAAUGAAAGAGAUUAUUUCCAAAUGCCCUGAUUGCUGCGAAAUCGCUGACGAUAGAGGCUGGAACGUUCUUCAUUACGCCGUCGUUAGCAAAAACGAUGAAGCAUUACAGGUCAUCCUCCGAAAUUCAUCGCUGAUCGACCUUGUAAAUGACAGAGAUGCUCAAGGAAACACGCCUCUUCAUCUACUUGCUGUCUCUCGGCCUUAUUUGCCAAGUUUUGUAUUUGACGGAGAAGAUGAUCUGAAUGCUUUUUACAAGCAGAAUGUGCUCUCUAGAGACGACUUAAUUCAUGAGCUUCUCCAGCCAAAGGAACAGAUUUUAAAGUGGAUGAAGAAUUUGGGUAAUGGACCAAUGGGGAAAUUUAGUAUCAACAGAAAAGGCAGUUGGGAAGUGCAAGAUUUACGAAGUGGACCAAAAGAGGCAAAAGUCCUAGCUGAAUUCGAGAGAGCAAAAGACUCAUUUCUGGUCGUUUCAGGCCUAGUAGCAACUGUAACUUUUGCGGCAGCAUUCACGCUACCAGGUGGUUACAGAAGUGAUGAAAAUGACCCACGACAGGGUACUGCAAUUUUAAGUAAAAGUUCAGCUUUUGAAGCAUUUAUCAUAACUGAUACCAUUGCCAUGGUUCUCUCCACUUGCUCUGUGUUCAUUCAUUUCAUUGUGAUGCUACUUGGGUAUCAAGAGAAGUACUGGUGGUUAAUCCGAUCUGCGCUUUUGUUUAUAAUGUUUGCAAUGGGAGCAAUGGUGGUCGCAUUUGCUACAGGCACUUAUGCAGUUUUAUCCCCCUCUUUGGGGCUUGCUGUGGCCACUUGUUUCAUUGGCUUGAGCUUCUUCAUCUAUGUGUUUUACAUGCUGAAAAGGUUAUAUAGCAGACAUUUAGAGAAAGCCUACCUGGAAGGUGCAAUGAGCAUCUCAAAAAUUGGGGCAAAAUUCAGGUUAUCAAAGCCAUAUUUCUCCUAGAUUUCCACUGUGAUUGGCCUGUAUCUUCUUCAUCUAUGUUAGUGGUUUACAUGUGAAGAUUUUUGAGAGAUUAGGUUAGUAUCUUAGAAGAGAAAAAUAUAACUAUGGCUUGCUAGCUUUUGUAUAACUAUCAGUUAAUCAUUGCAUUUUUAUUUUGUUAAAAUUAUAAGUUAUUCUCCUUUACCAUGUAUCAAACA